GUUGAAUUGCUCGUAGAGUUAUUCAGGGGUUGCUCGUGAAUUCAUGUAUUCGCGUGGUACAGCUUGACCACAAUAUGAUAAGGAAUUCGACAGACCCAAAAGAAUAUUUCAUGAGAUCAGUGUUGAAGCACAACGCGGUGAGGGUCGAAAGGUCUGUGCGUAGUACCUCCUAGAGUAAAACGUGAAACAUGGGAAAAUACACGAUUAAGGUAGGGAUAAUCGGUGGUUCAGGAUUAGAUGACCCGGCCGCUCAAAUACUUCAACAACUUGUUAGAGUAUCGCAAGAAGAUGCCAAAAAUGACUUCGGCUAUCCAUCGAGCGAUCUCUACCAUGGUUUUAUCGGAGAUACAGAGGUUGUAUUACUCUCUCGACAUGGAGUGGGUCAUAAAAUUAUCCCAAGUAACGUCAAUUACCGGGCCAACAUAGAGGCUCUUCGUCUGGCUGGCUGCACUCACAUAUUGGCUUCUACCGCAUGUGGAUCACUACAAGAAUCUAUCCGUCCUGGCGAUCUUGUUUUACCGGACAGCUUUUUGGACAGAACAUCCAAGAGAGCAAACACCUUCUUUGAUGGCACAUCAAAAGAAUACCAAGGUGUAUGCCAUGUACCAAUGGAGCCAGCAUUUCAUCCUGACAUUCGAAAGAUAAUUUUAAAGGCAGCUAGCCUUACUGACAUAAAGCUGCAAGAUGGGGGGACAGUCGUAACCAUCGAAGGACCUAGAUUUUCAUCAAAGGCAGAAAGUCGUGCUUUCCAACAAUGGGGUGGCGAUCUGAUCAAUAUGACCUUGUGUCCUGAGGUGUGUUUGGCCAAAGAAGCAGGUAUUCUGUAUGGAGCUAUUGCUCUGGCUACGGACUAUGACUGCUGGAGGGAUACAGGGGAUAAAGUAUGUGUGGCUGACGUUAUGGCUGUAUUCAAGAAGAAUGUGGCCAGAGUAACUCAGCUCCUUAUCAAAGCUGUCGAGCUUGUAGGUAGCUCCACUGAUCAAGGAAUAUGGGAUCAAAAAAUUGAUGAACUAAAGAAUUUGGUCGAAAGCAGCAACGUUUCGUCAAACAAACCGGCGUAGGUCUUAUGAAGAUGGCGUUAUUGCAUUACUACAUUACAACUUAAAUGAUUGCUGGAUGAGAUCGGCGUGUAUUCUAUAGAAGUAUAACGAAAUGAGGAUGUGGUUGUAAUUUAACCCGGGACAUAGACGUUCGGAGCGAUAGAAAUGGAAAACAGAAGAAGUUCAAACGCCAUUAAUGAUACCUACAAUAACGGAACGUGAUAUUUAUUUAUAAUAUAUAAUAAUAUAAUAUAGAUGGAACGACCAAUAAAUCGUCCCUGCAAUCAUA